AUGAGUUCAAAUGUGGAAGAAAAGCCCAGGCAGUUCAAGGAGGUCUCUCUUGUCGUAACACAGUCUCAGCCUGGCUCAAGCCGCUUUCCAAUCUCACAGCAAAAUGCAACCUUUAAACCUCCAAGCUUGUCUCGAUGGCGUAACAACCUCACUGGCCUGUCAAAAGUCUACAAUUUCUACUUCGUUGCGUAUAUGGACGCCAUCCACGUCUAUCAGCCUGGCUUUCCCACCCAGAGCGUCUCAAACAAGCCGGAUUUCAUUCUGAAUCCACCAAUCUCAAGUCCUGGUCUACAAGGUCACAUUGAUGGAUUGUGCCCGCACUCGAUCAACCACUUGCUAGUAGACUUUCUAGGCAACGAGGAGAUAGUCGUGGUGUGCUGUGAUGAUGGCGAUGUUAUUGCAUACCAUACAAGCGCCGUUCGCACAGCCAUUGAAAGGCGGCAGGAUCCGGAACAAGAGUUUGUGGACAACGAUCCCCGUCCCUUCUUCCAUGAGAACGUGCGCGAUAGCGCAUGGGGCCUGUCAGUGCACAAGGAAGCGCGAAUGAUAGCAGUCAGCGCGAAUACCUGCAAGGUCACGGUUUUUGCUCUUGCCCUCGCUAGCAAUGAGUCUCCCUCAGACAGUUCCUCAGACGAGCCUGAAUAUCCCGUAGAGUUGGAGAGCCUUCCCCUGGAUGCCGUCGAGGAUGAUCCGCAGGACUUUCCCACACCAAGAUCGAAGAGCAAUCGGAUAACUCUCGAUGGACUAUCUGAGAACAUACCAAGCGUUGCAUUUUGCAACACUGGGGAUGAUCCAAUCGGCCGUUGGGUCCUGGCCACAGAUAUAGGGGAUCAUUACAAACACGGUAUCUGGGAUAUCAGCGACAGCAGGCUGGAGGUCCGCAAGUCAUCUGCGUGGUACGGAAUGACAAGUGAUGAGGGCAUUGGUCGAUAUGGACAGCUGCCCUUACCCGGAGCGAAGCGACCAUUCCAUGGCAUUGCGGACAACGACACUUCCAGCGAGACACGGGCUGCGCUUCCCGCAAGCCCAUUCCUGCUCGUCUCGAAAGAGGAUGUCAUGCUCCUGCAACCGCAGCGCAGCGCAGUUCCCGAGCUACAAGAGUCCCACACACCCGUUGUCGGCUUCCAAAACCCGCUAUAUCAACACCUCCCACAUGGACUCUACCUCUUGGAAAAGUACGACAGAAUGAACAUGUGUGUGCAGGUACCUGAGCUGGGUGUUGUGAUAACUGCUUCGGGCAAGGGACGGGCGGCCGUGUUUUCCUUGACGCAGAAGGGCGUGGCGGCUGACAUCACCUAUGCCUUUCGACUCGAUUACAUAGUUCCGUUCACUGAGCAAGAGACUGCCAGAAAGCGACCAUGGACUGCACUGGUUGGAGUUGCUGUGGGACCGGUGCAAGGCACGCUGGGUCAGCAGGGAAGAGCUAGGAAAUGGAGGUUAUUGCUUAUGUAUGUGGACCACUCUGUGUUGAGCUAUGAGCUGGGUAGGCCUGCGGACAGUACGGUAGGAGCCCAGGCGUUGAUCGUUUGA